AUGCGUUAAUGGUCUACAAUAUGUCUGCGCCCAUCGCCAAGGUGGUAAAAUAGCACUAACUUCAGAAGUAAGCUGUGUUUAUGAACAGUUACAACUCAAACCUGGGGGAACAUAUACAUUUUUUGUCUUCAAUAGCAGGAAGGAAACAACAACAACGGUAUUGGACAAUUUGCAAACAAUUUUAAAAUAGCAGCGGUGUUUUCUCUGAUUGUUAAGUUCGUAGAUUAACGCAUCACUUGUAUUGAACACAAGCUGAGGAUAAAAUGGUGUUUUUAUGAUAUAGACAAUAUGCUCAUAUAGCAGCUUUGCCCGACCUCUUAUUGUUAUGCAUAAAGCGCCUACGUUUGGUCCAGAUCAGAGAGAAUCGUGUUUUAAAGAGAUGUUGCAGGAAUCUGAGUCGUCCAGGCUAUUAUGAUAUAAUGGCUUCCAGAAGAGGUGUAAACUUUCUGUCAAGAGGACAUAAGUCUGUCUUCAAUCUGUGGAAGCCAUGUUUUCAAAAAUCACCAAAUGUGAUCAGCCUGCCGAUUAGAACCCAUUAUCCAAGAGAAAGAAGAACUUUUCACUCAGGUACUCCGUUGAUGGUGGCCAAGUUACUGUCAGUGGAGGAGCUUUUUGCCAAGAGGUCUUUGCAGGAAUAUCUGAAGAAGAUUGAGACAGAAUACAGUGAAUGUUUGAGAGACAUCAACAGCAGUGCAGUGGACGAGCGGUGCGUUGAAGAAAACCUGAGGACCAAGAGGACCAAAAUGUCCAUGCUAACACCUCUUAUAAAGACUAUGCAAGAGCUGGAUACCAAGCUGAGAGAGAGUCAGGAGACUGAGAUACUCUUGAAAGAUGAAGACCCAGCCCUUCGAGAGCUGGCCGAGGUGGAGAGAGAAGGUUGUUUGCUCGAUAUUCAAAAUCUCAGACAAAAGAUCCUGGAUCUGUUGAUUCCUGAGGAAGAGGCAGAUCUUAACGAUCUUGUCCUGGAGGUCACUGCUGGUAUUGGGGGUCAGGAGGCAAUGCUCUUUACUGCUGAGGUGCUUGAUAUGUACCAGGGCUUCGCUCAGCAUCAUGGUUGGUCCUUUGACAUCCUGGAGCACAUGACCAGCGACAUAGGAGGACUUCGUCAUGCCUCGGCCAGCAUAAGCGGGCAUGAGUGCUACAAAAGAAUGAGGGUUGAGGCUGGAGUUCAUCGCGUUCAGAGGAUUCCGAAGACAGAAAAACAGGGUCGAAUGCACACUAGCACCAUGACUGUGGCUGUACUGCCCCAGCCCACUGAGAUUUCUUUUACAAUAAACCCUAAGGAUCUGAGAAUAGACACAAAGAGAGCGAGUGGAGCUGGGGGCCAACACGUCAACACCACAGACAGUGCAGUCAGAAUAGUGCAUCUGCCUACAGGUGUGGUUGCUGAGUGCCAGCAGGAACGGUCUCAGCUGAAGAACAGGGAGAAAGCCAUGAAGGCUUUGAGAGCCAAACUGUACAGCAUGAGGCUGGAGGAGGUAACCAGUAAACGCUACAACCAACGUAAAAUACAGAUUGGAACCAAAGGCAGAUCAGAGAAGAUUCGAACUUAUAACUUUGCCCAGGAUCGAAUAACAGAUCACCGGAUUGGCAUGACGCUGCACGAUGUUAAGAAUUUUCUCCUGGGAGAGGAUCUGCUGGAUGAGAUGAACUCUUUGCUGCAGGAGUUUUCCAGCCAGGAAACCCUAAUGGAACUGCUGGGAGAAAGUAACCAGGAGAGUGUCUGACUCCAGAAAGAUGGAGAGCAGUAGCACAGUAAAAUAAUCCACUUCAAAUGAUUUUAAACGGUCAGAAAAUGACCUUGUUGAGGAUGUGAUAAUGUUUCUGUCCAUCCAUGAUGUCGUAUGUCCACAGGGAUAAUUCCUCAUAGACAUGAUAUGAAUAUGUAAGAGAAUAAUAAAAAACAUUGUCAAUUGUCAA